AGCCCCGGUGCCCAUCACCGCCCGCCCCUCUCCCCUCUGCAAGAGUUCGCAGGAGAAAUUUGGCUGGAGGAACGAAGGCAGCGUACACGCCUCAGAAGUACACACCAGAGAGAAAAACUUGCCGUGCGCCUGCUGCAACUGGCAGCCGUCAGCGUCGGGGACUCGGCGAGUCGAGCAGUUGGCUGAGGGGUUAGGGCGCGCUGGCCCCUGCCUAGCUGCGGGCUGUAGCCUGCCGCGCGCCUGCUGCAGUGGCCACCGCUGGCCGGUGGGAGGCGACCAGUGGGGCCGCAGCGUGCCAGCGCCCGACGGCACGCGACAGCCUGGGCCGCCGCCGCACAGGGCGGCGGGUGGAGCAGCCGGCCGCGCAAACCGCACUGCACAGGCGCGCUGCGUGUAGAGCAGCGGCUGCCGGGUGGAGCUGCCGGGCUGUGACCGGAGGGAGCCAGGAAGGGGAGGGGAGGGCGGCCGCCGGUGCAGCCCCACGGUGCAGGCGAGUGGCGCACGGGCAACCCGCAGCCCACAGCCCACAGCCCCAAUUCAGUACCAUUCGGCAAGUUUUUCUCUCUGCUAGGCCUACCCUAGUUCCAAAUCCUGGGUCCACCACUGCUUGGAUUGUUGGCAAACUCUUUUCGGCUCCUACUCGCGAUUUGGUCGGAUCCGUAGGGCGACGGCGAUGGCAGGGUCGGCGGCAGGGAGGAGGAAGCGCGCGGCAGUAGUUGUGCUUGGGGACAUUGGCCGUAGCCCGCGCAUGCAGUACCACUCCCUCUCACUCGCCAACCAGGCUGGCAUGGAGGUGGACAUUGUUGCAAAUGGAGGAAGUGAUCCUCACCUGUCAUUGAGAGAGAAUCCAUCAAUUCACAUCCACGAGAUGAAAACAGUGAAGUUAACUGGAAUUUCAAAGAUAUCUGGUGCCCUGGCACUUUUACUUAAAGCCGCUAUCCAGUUCAUUAUGCUGGUUUGGUUCCUUUGUUUUAAGAUUCCUCGGCCUGAUGUCCUUCUUGUUCAGAAUCCACCCUCUGUUCCAACACUUGCUGCUGUAAAACUGGCAAGCUGGCUAAGAGGUGCCAAAUUUAUUGUGGAUUGGCAUAACUUCGGAUAUACAUUGCUGGGAUUAUCUCAUGGCAGAAGUCACAUCAUAGUCAAAAUCUAUUUCUGGUUCGAGAAGCACUUUGGGCGGAUGGCUGAUGGUGCCUUUUGUGUUACAAAAGCAAUGCAGCAUGAGCUUGCCCAAAAUUGGGGAAUCAGAGCGACGGUUCUUUAUGAUCAAUCUCCUGAUUUUUUCCACCCUGCUUCGUUGAUGGAGAAACAUGGGUUGUUUAGCAGGUUAGGUAAUACCAUUUGCAGUGCUAUGGGCAAUGCUGAUUGCAUAUCAGUGGAGAAAGAAGUGCAAGACAUGAACACUACUGUCUUUACCAGUAAGAAUGAUGGCGAAAUUUUCCUGAAGCCUAACAGACCUGCACUUGUCGUGAGCAGCACAAGCUGGACACUGGACGAAGAUUUCAGCAUUCUUCUGGAAGCAGCACUGAUGUAUGAUAGACGCGUUGCUGCAACUUUAGGUGAAGAUGAUUCAAUGGAUGAGGGGCAGCUUUGGAUCGAUAUCAAGAAUGGGAAACAAUUUGUCUAUCCAAGAUUACUGUUCAUUAUCACUGGUAAAGGACCAGAUAGGAAGAAAUAUGAGGAUCAGAUAAGAAGGUUGAAAUUGAGGCGUGUUGCCUUCCGGACAAUGUGGCUCGCAUCAGAGGACUACCCUUUAUUGCUUGGGUCAGCUGAUAUAGGAGUGUCGUUGCAUACAUCUUCAUCUGGGCUGGACCUACCUAUGAAGGUGGUUGAUAUGUUUGGAUGUGGAUUGCCAGUUUGUGCUGCUUCUUUCUCCUGCAUUGAGGAGCUUGUAAAAGUAAACAAAAAUGGUCUUCUUUUCUCAACAUCUUCAGAGCUUGCUGAUGAACUUAUGAUGCUCUUUAAGGGUUUUCCAGAAGAAUGUGAUGCCUUGAAAUCUCUCAAAGAAGGUGCCAUAGAUACAGCGUCAUCUUCCAAAUGGUCAACAGAAUGGGAAACUAAUGCACUACCUUUGGUGAACCAGUUAUUUGUUUCAGAGAAUCAGAGAUAGGUAUACUAGACUACUGGAGUGAGCAGAUGUGCAUCAAAACUCAAAAGGGGUACUCUUUGCUUUCACCAGCUGCUGCCAGGAUCAGUUGCUACAAUGUAUUUCAGCAAUUCUAGAGAUACAGUACAAAGCUCUUUCCUUUUAAGACCGGAAAAUGUACUCUUUGCUGAGCACAUGUUAUACAACAAUAGAUUGUUUGAUGUGGUACCAUAUACUGGAACGUCUCUAGUCUGUUGCAUGAUAAGCGAAAAAAAUAGAAAACCAUAUUGUUUUC